AUGCCUGCGCGCAAAGCACUCAGCAUCGGGUGCUGGAACGUGCGCACACUACUGGACCGGAACUCCAACGAGCGCCCGGAGCGACGCACUGCACUGGUCGCGAUGGAUCUGGCACGCUACUACAUCGAUAUUGCGGCUCUCAGUGAAACCCGGCUCGCUGAGGAUGGUAAGUUGCAUGAGGUAGGUGGUGGCUACACAUUCUACUGGGUGGGCAACGCCGCCUCUGCACCACGUGAUCAUGGGGUCAGAUUUGCAAUAUCCGAUCGCCUGAAUGGCCAGCUGGUGGGUGAACCAACGGGCAUUAGCGCGCGACUAAUGACUGUUCGCCUAUGA